ACACGGAAGUCAGUGAUGGACCCUUGGAUGUCUGAUGUCAGCGGGAAGUGAGUGUGCGUUUCACUUACAAGUUUAAUGUAUGCGAUGACUUUGGAGUGAACCACUAAUCUGGUACAUUUGCACGUCGCCGAGGUUUGGGAUUUGAGCCAAAAUGGCGAUGAACUGGGCCGAGAGGAUCUCUGCUUUCUCCCGCAGUCCGUCUCGCUUCCUCUACGGGACAACAGCCGAGGGUUUCCUCGCAGAGCUGCUCCGUGAGCUCCGAGAUGACAGAGCCAGUUACAGUGUCAAGGUCCUACUGUUAUCCCCCCUAUGUGAGUACCCGACACUGCUGUGUCCCUCAGACUCGGUGGGCGAAGAGACAGCCCUGGAGCUCAUGUCAGUGUUCCACCAGAGUCCUCCCAAGUCUGUGGAGUUCCGUUGUAACCUCCUCCUGGCCCUUACCUCUGUGCUGGUCUGCACCUCCUGCGUGAGCAGCCAUUCCCGUGCAUCUCAAGACUUCCUGGACCUACUCCUUCAGAUAGCCCAGGACACCAGUGACCUCCAAGGUGAUGGUGCUUUUCGCUUUUUACGGGCCACGGCUUGUGACUGCCUGCGGGAGCUGGAGGCCAGCUCUCCAGGCCUUCUCUCCCAGCGCCUCGAGCUCUUAGGGGGGCUCCGUCAGCGAGAAACCUCCCGGCUCCACCAGGCCUACACAGGACUAUAUAGUUUGGUGUUAAGAAACACUGUGUAUCAGCUCACCCAGGAAGCAGGAGCUGGGGCUGAUCAUCUUAAAGCUCUUCUGGGGGGAAAUACAUCAUUUGCAUGGGAGGCAGAGCUGGACUCAGGCCUUGUGAAUAACAAAGACUCAGCCAUACUGUUUUCUCUUAUCCUGGGUCCCAUGGGUACAGUACCAACCCUCCAGACUGGGCCUGAUUGUAAGGAGUUGCGUCUAGUCCUGUCCUCCCUCCUGGAGGAGUCCUACCUCCUCACUCCUCUAUGUCAGGCUGCACUGCUACAUAGACUGACAGAGGUGGUUGCCAUGGUACCUGGUGUCCCUCCAGCCGUAUUCAGAGCUCAGCUGCUGCGACUGCUGGGCACAAGCGAGGUCUGCCUCUUUCACAGCACUCUGCUGAUGAAGUGUGCAUUCACAGACAGCCUGUUCAGCGCAGAAGACGAAGCUUUCAUCCUCCAGCGGCUGGUCAUGCUUUCCCAGCACCCACUGAGCAGUACACCCGAGAAGCUUUUCUAUAUGGACUGUAUCCUGCACUUUCCUGAGAACCGGCCAAUCAGCUGCAGCGAUGGCGACGAGACCCUCCCAGUGCUGCUGACUCCACGGCUGGCCUUGGCUCUGGUGCCCACUGUGUUCAACGACAGCGCCACCAUGCUGGCUCGACUCAACCUGCUGUCUCUGGUCUACCUGGAGGAGGGAGAGGAAGGGGAGGGGGAGGAGGGCAGGGGGCUGGCCUACCUCUACGAACACCUCACCUCACUGCUGCACAUCGUGGAAAAUGGAGGCAGCCGAGAGAUUGUUGUUACCUUCUUCAGAGCUGCUUUCCUCUUUCUUUUCUACUUUUGCCAUGUGGAGCGCUACUUUUACAGCCUGAUGGAGAAGCUGUGUGAGCUCUACCUCUGCCACACCCACCUGGCUCCGCACUUCAUCAACUUGGCAGACCAGACCCAGGGCAAGCUCACUGAGUCCAGCUGGGCUGUGGGGUUCCUGAGGGCCCUCCAGGGGGUCAUCACUGAGGCCCCGCUCACCCAGCUCACCUUGCAGGACCUGAGCUGGCACCUCAAGAUGCUGGCUCGAGUGGCGGAGGAAGGAGAGAUCCCCCAGCACAGCACCCUCAGCUUCCUGUCCAGCAUCAUCACUCCAUCUUCCUCCUCUCUGUAUGUGAGCAGCGACUGGCGUCUCGGGAACAGCCUGCUGGGGGUUUGCCGCUGCCUCCUCAUCCACCCCAGCCUGGACUCACUGCUCAUACCUCUGGCUGAUGUCCUGCAGGAUCUUACAUGCCGCUAUGGAGACACAGGCAUCCAGGACCACACCCGCCUCUACUACACCCUCCUGACCACGCUUUCCAGGGAGAAGCUGGCUGGGAUUUUGGCACAGGGUUCAACAGAGGGAGGGGGGCAGGUCAAGAAGCGAUCGCUGUCCUGCAUCAUGGCUGAGAGUGAGGGGCUGACAAGCCUGCUAACCAUCCACCAGACAGAGAAGACAAUAUUCAGGCUGGCUGAGGCCCAUUCUAAGCCACAAGAUGAAACCCAAACUGAUAAAGAAGGUGACAUAAACCAUAAUGGGACGGAGACCUGCCCAGGAGAGGUGAACACAGCACUGAGAGCGUACAGAGCUCAGUUUGAUGUCCCUGGCUUUGCCUCAGAAAUCACCUUAAACUACCAGUUGACUCAUGUUGAAACUGAUGACUCCUGCUUUGAUCAGCUCUACAGUAUCCGCCUCCACUUCAGCCUCACAGAUGACCACUAUGAAGAACUGAGUGACAUCAGUGUCCCAUGUCUCUUCAGAGAGAGAGCGUCGCCUGAGGUUUCGCUUAGGUUGAAGCCCCAGUGGCCCUACCCCACCACCCUCCACACCAGCGCCAUUUUCACCACCCAGGAUGGCCUCACCUGGCUCACCGUCCUGCCACACAUCCACAUGGCUUUCCAGCAGGCCUUCAUGCCUCUGCCUGCUCCUCCAGCCUGGGGACAAGGUGGCAAACUGAGACUGUUUCAGGGUUUAUGGGAUGAAAUGAGCUCUGACAAUGGGGAGGACUCGGCUGACUGUGCGACCAGCCUGUUCUGCUGCCAGCUAAAAGGGGAGGCUCUGAUUGCCUUGGUGGAGAAUCACUUCCUCCCCUACCUUAUAUCAGAUCUGUCUGAUAGAGAAGAGUUCAAGGUGCUUUUCUUCCUCCCGCCACAGUCUCACGUGCUGCUGAAGAUCAGCUUGGAGGAAGACACUACGCACUUCAACAUUGUCACAGAUAACUGGCAGCUCCUGCCUCACAUCAGUUCUUAUCUACUGACAAUCACAUCUUCACAGGAAAACACUGACAGUUGACUGUGAUGCAUCUUACUGGCUUGGUUUUAAUUUUUAAAAAAG